CCUGGGUCGGAUACUGGGCAUGCUCCGCGGCGCCGCCGCAGGUUUUGGUCGCAAGUAGGAAGCGGCUUGUGCACGACAACCGGCAAAGGGGAGAGGUUGCUGUUGCACCCGCCGACGUCGGGACGCGGGACGGCUUGCAGCGGUUGCCGCUACUGGAGGAGAAGGUGCGCAAGGCGCAAGGAAGCCGCCGAAGAAAGAGAAGAAGAGAGGCAGCCUGCCCCCCGAGCCUCCCUUUCUCCUUCCCUCCCUCUCUCCCGUGGGUGGCCGGGCGCCAGGGUCCCAUCACCUGGCCGGGAGGGGAGCCCGGGCCCGGAGCCCCCGAGCACGGAGCAGCAGCUCCAGCGUCUAAGAGCCGCCCGAAGGGGAGUCCGCUUUCCGUCCGUGCCCUGAUCAGCAGCCGCAACCCGGGAAGAGGAGGAGGCGGUUGCGGCGGCAGCGGCGGCGGCAGCAGCAGCAGCAGCACCGGGGGCAGCCAUGGGACUACUGUCCCAAGGCUCGCCGCUUAGCUGGGAAGAGACCAAGCGCCACGCGGACCAUGUGAGGCGGCACGGUAUCCUCCAGUUUCUGCAUAUUUACCACGCCGUCAAGGAGCGGCACAAAGACGUGCUCAAGUGGGGCGAUGAGGUGGAAUACAUGUUAGUGGCUUUUGAUCAUCAAAAUAAAAAAGUACGCCUGGUCUUGAAAGGAGAGGAAGUCCUUGAAGCACUGCAAGAAAAAGGGGAACGAAAAAACCCAAACCAUCCAACACUUUGGAGACCAGAAUAUGGAAGCUAUAUGAUUGAAGGGACACCAGGACAGCCAUAUGGAGGAACAAUGUCAGAAUUUAACACAGUUGAAGACAACAUGAGAAAACGUAGGCAGGAAGCUUCCUCUCUUUUAAAAGAAAAUGAGGCAAUAUGCACUAUAACAUCAUUUCCCAGACUAGGCUGUCCUGGGUUUACGGUACCUGAGUACAAACCUACGCCAGUUGAAGGAGGUGCUUCAAAGUCACUGUUCUUUCCAGAUGAGGCCAUCAACAAACAUCCCAGAUUCAGUACCUUAACAAGGAAUAUUCGACAUAGGAGAGGAGAAAAAGUGGUUAUCAAUGUACCAAUCUUUAAGGACAAGAAUACUCCGUUUCCAUUUAUAGAAACGUUUCCUCAGGAUGAUGAAGCCACACAAGCAGCUCAACCAAAUCAUAUUUAUAUGGAUGCUAUGGGAUUUGGGAUGGGCAAUUGUUGCCUUCAGGUGACAUUCCAGGCUUGCAGCAUAUCUGAAGCCAGAUACCUUUAUGAUCAGCUGGCUACUAUUUGUCCAAUUGUAAUGGCUUUGAGUGCUUCGUCUCCUUUCUACCGAGGCUAUGUGUCAGAUAUUGAUUGUCGCUGGGGAGUAAUAUCUGCAUCUGUAGAUGAUAGAACUCGGGAGGAGAGAGGAUUGGAGCCUCUGAAGAACAACAACUAUAGGAUUAGCAAGUCUCGAUAUGAUUCGAUAGACAGUUAUUCUCUCUAAAUGUGGUGAAAAUACAAUGAUAUUGACUUGACAAAAGAUAAAGAUUAUGAACGCCUGUUAAAGGAAGGUAUUGACCAUCUCCUGGCCCAACAUAUUGCCCAUCUCUUUAUUCGAGACCCACUGACAUUGUUUGAAGAGAAGAUACACCUAGAUGAUGCCAAUGAAUCUGACCACUUUGAGAAUAUUCAGUCUACAAAUUGGCAGACCAUGAGAUUUAAACCUCCACCUCCAAAUUCAGAUAUUGGAUGGAGAGUAGAAUUCCGGCCCAUGGAGGUUCAAUUAACAGACUUUGAGAACUCUGCCUAUGUGGUAUUUGUAGUCCUGCUAACCAGAGUAAUUCUUUCAUACAAAUUGGAUUUUCUCAUCCCUCUGUCAAAGGUUGAUGAAAACAUGAAAGUGGCCCAGAAACGAGAUGCUGUCCUACAUGGGCUGUUUUAUUUCAGGAAAGAUAUUUGCAAAGGUGGCACUGCUGUGGUAGAUGGUUGUAGCACAGCCCAGAAUGGAACAGAAACAGACACUGAAGAAUUCACAUUGAUGAGCAUAGAUACGAUCAUCAAUGGGAAGGAAGGUGCUUUUCCUGGCUUGAUACCAAUUCUAAACUCUUACCUGGAAAAUAUGGAAGUAGAUGUAGACACAAGAUGCAGCAUACUUAAUUACUUGAAGCUAAUUAAGAAGAGAGCAUCAGGAGAACUGAUGACAGCUGCCCGAUGGAUGAGGGAGUUUGUUGCAAAGCAUCCUGACUACAAGCAAGACAGUGUCAUCACUGAUGAAAUCACAUACAGCCUUCUUUUGGAAUGUAACAAGAUUGCAAAUGAAUUAAGUGAAUGCCCAGAGCUGCUUGGCUCAGGAUUUAAGAAAGCAAAAUACAGUGGUACUAAAACUAGCUCUUCUAGUUAGGUAUUUUGCUGCUGCCCCCACCCCUACCCCACCCCCACCCUCCCCCAAAAAAGGUAGAAUAUCUGAGUUAUGUUAUUUGAUAAUUAGCUCCAGGACCACGACUCUUAGCCCAUUGGGGUGGUGUGAAGACCAAAAUAAGGGUACUGUGCUCUCAGAUGGGCCAGCAAGCCUGAAAUUCACUUAAAGGCUUCCCAAAUGGAUAUAGAGUUUAUAUAGUAUAUGUGUACAUAGUGAAAUAUUUUUAUGAUCAACAAUGUAUUUUAAUAACAUAUCUAAAGUCUUUGUGAACUGGCUUGUACAUUUUUUUAAAAAGAAAAAUCUUUACUCUGGGAGGAGCUGCUGUCCAAAACAGUUUUGUAAAUGUAAUGUACUGGUAUCCAUACAUUAUACAUGCAUUCCAGAGGUUGAGAUGUUUACUGUACAUUUUGUUGUUGUUCUGAAGAAACUACCUUGUUUAAAAAAGAGAGAAAAACAAAAAAAUUUCAUCUUUAGGACCUGAUUCACUGAAAUUUCUCCUGUGUCACUUUAACAAAGUUCAGACUUGCCUUUCAUAAUCGUUUUUGAAUCAGCUCUUUUGUUCUGCACAUGAAGUCAUUUUUAUAAUUCCAGAAGGUUUUUACUUUGUAAUCUUUGCUUUCUAGCACCUUAUGUACUAUGCUUCUUGUUAAAGGAAAUACUUAAGCCAGGUGGUCACCCUUGACCCAAACUUUUGAGACUAAAUGAAAUCCUGCUGUGGUCUAAUGGUAUUUAUAAAGGAACUCAUCCACUUUUUUUUUUUUAAAGCUUGCUAAUCAUUAAAGUCUUUAUAGAUCUAAAUUACAUAGACAAAAGGGUAUCAACUUGGUUUUUCUGGGUAAUAAAACUACCUUUAAAAAUUAUCCUUGAGUUUUUUCCCCUCUUUUUUCUUUAAAUAUUAAAAAGCCUGAAAUUUAAAGUUGGGGCUGCCAAAUAAUUCUUCACCUGAAAAGUCCUGGAUUUUUUUUGCUCUGAGUGCCCACCUUCAGUUCCUUUCUAUAGAUUUGCCAACCAGAUAAAGCAUACAGUCCAACUGAGGGCCCAGAAUUCAUCAUUUAUCACUGGCGUUCUUGACUCUUGUCUCCUCCUCCCUCCCCCAGUUCUCAAUAGCCCCAGUAAGCAUGUAGACAAAGCUUUGCCUUCUAAAAGCCAUUUGCCCCACAUUUUAGGUGGGGAAACAUACUAUGCACUGCUUACUUUCUAGAGGAAACUUCAAAGAAAAUCAUGGAAUGCACUAAGUUUGUGAAUCAGGACCCUAAAUGUUAAAUUGUAAAUAAUUAAAAUUGAAGAUAAUUGUUAGUUGUCACUAGUUUGGGAUUUUAAAAAAUAUAGUUAAUUCAUAAUUGCUUCUCAAAAUGACAAUGUAUUGUAGAUUAUGCAGAUCUUAAUAAGAGCAUAACUAUUUAAGUCGUAAUGCUAAUUUUAAAAGAAAUUGCAGUGAAGCUGCUUCUGGUAAAGCUGUUUAUGUAUAAAUAUUUGGAUCUGUGCUCUAUCCAUAGGUGUCACGUAGAGGAUUAACAGUUCUGAUUUUCUUUUGCAACUGGCUUGUGCUAAUCAGGUCGUAAAUGACAGAUAAGUUUGUGGUACCAAAAAAAAUAAAUAAAUAAAAGAAUGGAAUUUGCA